UGUGGGCCGAAAACAAAGAGAUGUGACUAAUGUUUUGGCAGUAAUAUCUAAACAGGCGCACACACAAAAAAAGACCGAUUCAGUCGUCCUGCGUUUAAAGAUAAUACAAUUUUUGUUUUGAUUAAGGCCUCAACUACUUGUACAUAUUAUACCUCUUAGGCCACCGUAGUUUUAGAUCGGGAUUUCCUGUUUUGGUCGUCACCUGAACUUUUUCCUCUGUAUGUGUAUAUAAACGAUAUAAAAUGUGUCAUUAAGUGACACAAAUGAUGUAAAAUGGCAGCAGUUUUUCUGGUCACCCUUUAUGAGUACUCCCCGUUGUUUUACAUUUGUGUAGUUUCUUUGUGCUUUGUGGUAACUGCAGCCAUGGUUCUCGGCUGGUUUGGCUUUGAUGUCCCGGUCAUCCUUCGUAGUUAUGAAGAAACUGAGUCGAUCAUACCAACCCCUGAGAAACAAAUGGUUCAGGUUACUAAUCCCUUCUCUCUGGAGUUGGGCUCUGGGCCAGCAAGUGUCACUGAUGGUGUGUCAGUGAGGCCUGGCUGUCUGGAGCCGUGUGUCCUGACCUGUUUCUGGGGCUGUGAGGUCAGCGCUCUGCAGGGAGCACUGCAGGUCCACCAGCAUGGCCCAAGGCUCAGCAACCCCCAACGUUUCCAGGAGGCCCUUCACCACCGGUUCCACUACUGCCAGAGCUUCCGUAUCGGCUGUGAAGAUCGAGAGGAACGCCAUACAAAGAUUCCCGCUGACCAGGAGAUAACAGAUUUUGGGCCAUUGCCAAGACGGCACUACCCUCUUGUAGCCGUGCUGACAGUGGAGGAGGCUGAAGCCACGGACGUUUACAACAUUAUGGCAAGUGUGACAGUUAUUCACGUUCCUGAUGAAAGAUACAACCUUUCUCCACGGGUCCUUUUUCAGUACCUUCUAACCUCUCAGGGGAGCAUGUACGAGUUAAAACCUCUCUUCAUGUCAGCUGAAAGUGGGGGGAUGUCUGGACCUCAGAACUCAGAUCAGAAUACCCAACCGAGUGAACUCAACGAGGAUGCCAGCGGCGUGGAACACAGUCCAGUGCUGGAGGAUGAGGAUUGGUCAGAAGGGACGGAGAAAGGCUGCGUUGUCUGUCAGAAUGCGACGGUGAACAGGGUGCUCCUGCCAUGCAGACAUGCUUGUGCAUGUGACAGUUGUGUGUUACAUGUCCAGCAUUGUCCUAUUUGCAGAGCUUUCAUCCUGGAGUCGUUUGCCCUGACACGCCCAGCAGCAGAACAGUGACUCCAGGGACUGUGAUUGUAGAGAUAACAUACAGUGAAUCAAAAUAAGCCCUGCAACUCCCUGUCACCGAAUCUUGGUCUUGAACUAAUUUAAUGUUAACAUUGCAUUAGAUUGCCACCAGCAAGCUUACUUAAACCAUUUCUUUCUUACUAUUCAUAUCAUCUUGCUGCACGAUGUGUUAAUGAAGAUGCAGCACCUUCUUGCAGCAUGUGCUGCCAGGAAUGAAGAGUGUGCUUGCAUGUGUAAUUUAGUAAGGAGAGGUCAAGUAGGUGAAGGUAAUAGUUUGGUGGUUAGACUCCCAAGAGGAGUGGUGUCAUAUAUCUGAAUCUAAGCCGAUGAAGGUAGACAAGAACAGGACCUCCCUGGAGUCUGGAUGCUGGUGGUGGCCGAUCUAGCAGGGAGGAGGACUUUUGAGAGGCUUAGGACUUUCUGAAGCAGAGGAGAAAAUGAUGGACAGAAGAGACAUGAGAGAUAUUCAACAGAAUGACAGUGAAUUAAUUAAACGCUACACAUUGGAUUUUACCCUUGUUAAUACUAAAUGGAUGAAGAGCAAAAAUGACCAGCAUGGCAAAUGAAUGGAAGCAAAUAAAUACAACUGUCAGCAUGGGAAUACUGUGCAAGUGGGCCUGAAUUUUCAUACAUUUUCAAAGAUAAAUUUAAAGUAAAUCUUAUUAUUUAUUUAAGAGAUUUUCUUUCUAUGUAAAAUAUUAUUCUAAUGACACAGUCUUCAUAGAGAUCAGAUUCUAUGAUUAAGUCAUUAUCACCAAAAGUGUAUUUUUAUCCAGCUUUUUGGAUCAAUGAAAAGAUGCCUCAUACCUAGCAACAGGGUCAACCACACCUCCUCACUAAGAUCAGAGUUUCUGUCCAUUCCUUGCUAAGAAUUCUCUGAGAAUGCCCUGGAAUCACUCCUAAGAUAACACUCCUUGCUAGGAAGUUUUAGGCUAAGUCAGGAGCUCUCUGAGAGGACUCUCACAGUCUUUAGGAAAAUGGGCCCUGGAGAAAAAACUACUUGUAUGGUAAGCUGCUGGUAGCCCUGUACUGCGCCAUGUGCAACAGUGACUAUCCUGACAUGCUGUGGGAACAUGCAGCCUUGUUGUAUCAUGUGUACAGUGACAAUAAAGACUCCUCACCUUAA